UCGCUCUCGCUGCAUUUACUAUGUGUGUUCAUGACUUUGCUGAAUUCAUCAUGCAUCUCUAUAUCUCUGCCUCGUAAUCUACUCACAUGUUUGUGCAAUUAAGCAUUAUGUUGUGUUCAUACAGUUGAAUUUGUUUUAGUGUGUGUUUGUGCUACAUAAUUUGGUUGUGCAAUGAUGUAUUAGGAUGGUUUUUUGGUUGAAUUCAGUUUGAAGUUGAUAGGGUUUAUGUAUAGCUUAUAUGAUUCUCCCUUCGUCCAAGUAUACAAGAGAAUUCUGCUAGAAAUUUGAAUUUUGUGAAGAAUUAUCAUUCUCGUUGUUGAUAAAUCACAUAAAUGCGGAUUGUCAUGUUUUAUAUAAUUCUAUUAGGUAUACAGAUGGAUGAGAAUUUUUAUUUGUAUGAUGUUUAAUCACCAGUAAUUAAUAUAUACAUUAAUAUGUUUUUAUUAUCAUAAGAAUGUUUAUGGAACUCAUGUUUUCUGGUAUUUGGCUAAGGAUUUGUAUAGGGUGAUGAGUUUUCAUCAAUUGAGCACUUGUGUUUUCGAAUUCAAUUUUGGUCCUAUAAUUUGGAACCACAACAAAAAAUAUAAUUGUUUUAAAAUUUUGGAAUGGAGUGACAACUAUCUGACCUUAAUGAAGAUUUAGAUAGAAUAUCCCCUGAAGUUUGAUACAUUACAAUGAUAAGAUGAGACUGGAUGAUAAUAAGACUACUCUUGUGUAUCUUCGUAGAAGACCGUAAGUCCUUAUCUAGGUACAAAAAGGACAUUACGGGGUAUCUCCAAAAUUCGAUGUACUUCGUGCAGGACACAUCUCAUGCCACCACCAGUACACUCUUCCACUACAGAUGCUGAAAACCCGAUUUCUUCCAGCUUGAUCUCAUAUCUUCCUUAGGGUGCUUCCGGAUGUCAACUCAACCUGAAGGAAAUUAUGCGGAAGCUUUACAGAGUUAUUAUGAAGCUAUGUGACUAGAAGUUAAUCCUUAUGACCCAAGUUAUAUAAUGUAUAACAUAGGACUUAUCCACAUAAGUAACGGAGCAUAUCCAUUGUGUCCAAAUACAGCUUUUCGGGAGAACCUGUAGGUAUUAUUGCACGUCAAUCUAUUGGAGAAUCGAGCACUCGAUCAACAUUAAGAACUUCUCAUACAGGCAGAGUAUUCACAAUCUGCUUUCUUACUUAAGAUCCUUCACUGUGGGACAAGUCAUAUAGGUGCUUUUACCUGUUUAGUGUUUUGACUUGUACAAAUUACUUAUAAUUCCAUUGUUAACUUGGGAUGUCAACUAACUUGAAAAUCUUUUGUUUUCUAUGAAUGAAGAAGGUAUAAAGUGAGAUUGAUUCUCCAACAUGAAGUUUGGCAAGGAGUUAAAGCAAGAAAAGGUGCCAGAGUGGACUGAAGCCUACAUGGACUAUAAUGGUCUCAAAAGAAUAUUACAAGAAAUCCAACAAUUCAAACAGCAUGAGCGACCUCCAUCACCAUUGAGAACUUCACAGAAAAGGUUACCACUAUACAGACCCUUUAGUGGUGUAGAUGUACGAGCUAGCUUUGAAGAGAGUACAAGUGAUGUCGAGGACCGAGUUAUAGCAGUUGAAACUGUGAAGGAAGAUGAUACUAGAGAAGUGUACAGCACCAACAUUCUCAUGUCACCUAAAGGAGGAGGACAAAGUGAGAUUACGUUUUUUCAGAAGCUUGAUGAGGAGCUUAACAAGGUUAAUACCUUUUAUAGGGACAAGGUGGAGGAAGUGAUUGAGGAAGCAGCUUCAUUAAAUAAGCAAAUGAAGGCUUUAAUAGCAUUGCAGAUCAAGGUGGAACCGCCAGAUAUAGAUGAAUGCCAUAUUCAGAGAAACAGAUCUAUGGAUAGUGGUUCAGAAUCCUCGAAAUUCACCUCUCCGAGUAGAUUUUAUAUUGCAGAGGACAGACAUAUGGAUUCCAAAUUUGAUGUUGACAGGAUCAAUCAUUGUGGACCAGGUGAGUCUGGUUCCCCUGUCAAUAGGGGUGCUUCCAUAAAUUCUGCUGCUUGCGGAAACGGACCAAGUUCUGAUAAGUAUAAAUCAGAUCCCUUGGAUGUCCUUGACCAUGUGAAGAUUAACAAUACUCUUGAAAGCCCAAUGUCAACAAUCAGAAGUGUCCUCAAUGAUUCAAAAGACAAGGAUUUGAGUUUUACGAAGGAGGAGCUAAAAGAAGCGGAAGGGCGACUGAAAGUCGCCUUUAUUGAAUUCUACCGCAAGCUUCAUCUUCUGAAGCAUUACAGUUAUGUAAAUCUCCUUGCAUUUUCGAAGAUAAUGAAGAAAUAUGAAAAGAUUGCAUUAAGAAGGGCAGCAAGGUCAUACAUGAAAAUUGUGGAUGAGUCUUACAUUGGGAGCUCUGAUGAGGUUACUCUUCUCCUGGAUCGAGUAGAGGGUACCUUCCUUAAGUACUUUGCAAACUCUAACCGUAGAGAAGGUAUGAAAUUGUUGAGGCCAAAACGGAAGAGAGAAAAACACAGGAUAACAUUCUUUUCAGGAUUCUUUUCUGGUUGCUCAAUCGCUCUCCUGAUUGCCGUGGUCUUACUAAUACAAGCAAGGAGAGUAAUGGCCAAAGAGGAGCAUACCAUGUAUAUGGAAAAUGUUUUCCCUCUUUACAGUUUAUAUGCAUAUAUAAUCCUACAUAUGCUUUUGUAUGCUGCAAAUAUAUACUUCUGGAAGCGCUGCCGGAUCAACUACCCCUUUAUAUUUGGUUUCAAGCAGGGAACUGAAUUAAGCUACCAGGAUGUCUUUCUUAUCAGCACUGGUCUUGCAGUACUCGCACUUGCCACCUUUCUGGUGCACCUGCACAUGAAAGUAGAUUCUGUCAACUCAGUCUAUAAAAACUAUAUAGAAUUAGUUCCAUUGGGAUUACUCAUUGUUGUUCUUGCCAUCUUCUCCUGUCCUUUCAAUAUCUUCUACAAAUCCAGUCGUUUCUUUCUUAUCCGAUGUGUACUCCGUUGUAUUUGUGCUCCUCUCUACAAGGUUUCACUUGCCGAUUUUUUCUUGGCAGAUCAGCUCACUAGCCAGGUCCAAGCCUUGAGGUGCAUAGAGUUUUACAUCUGCUACUACGGUAUGAGAUGGUACCAGAAGGAAGAGAAGUGUCAUAGUCUGGAUCUCUACAAUUUCUUCUAUAUCAUUGUAGCAGUUAUACCAUUUUGGAUUCGCUUCCUCCAGUGUGUUCGUCGAUUGUUUGAAGAAAAAGAUUGGAUGCACUUAUGCAAUGGUUCAAGAUACUUCUUGACCAUUAUUGCAGUAGUAGUCAGAACCGUGUUUGAACUGAAGAUGGACAGAACUUGGAAGGUCUUGGCCCUUGUGAGCUCAGUCGCUGCAAUUUUGUUCAACACGUAUUGGGAUAUAGUUGUAGAUUGGGGCCUUUUACAAAGGAAUUCAAAGAACUUGUUCCUUAGGGACAAGCUUGCAGUAUCUCGCAGAAGUGUGUACUUUGUGGUGAUGGUACUAGAUGUUAUACUGAGACUUACUUGGCUCCAAUUAGUGUUGAAAUUUAACCUGCGUUCCCUUAAAGGAACGGCCAUAUCAAGCUUAUUUUCCUGCCUAGAAAUUUUCCGCCGAGGAGUUUGGAUGUUUUUCAGGUUGGAGAACGAGCACUUGAACAACGUUGGAAAGUAUCGAGCAUUUAAAUCUGUUCCACUUCCCUUUAGUUAUUAUGAAGAAGAUGACGACAACAAGGAUGACUGAAAUAUCCUCUUCUAUAUUCAAUGUAAUAUUCAUUCCCAGCGCUCCAUGUCUGACGUCUGUAAGCAUAAGGUACAAAUCUUACAUCUAUGAGGGGGGUGAAAUUUUGUAGAGGAUCUCAGGUAUUAAUCCCCUUUUUCAUAAACCAAAUCAAACAAUACCCAAUAUAUCUCUUUGGAGUAUUAUCUGGGAGGAGUAUGAUAUACGCAUUCCAUUUCUUUACCUCAACAGGUAGAGAGGUUGUUUUCGUUUUAAGACUGGUUAUCAUCCAUUGAAAUAAUGCAUAAUGCCCCGAUGAGUUAUGUCGCAAAUUGAUUCAGGCUUAUAGUGCAGGUAGAGGAUCCAACACAAUUAGUAAUUCGUUCAAU